AUGUUUUUGUCAUUUUAUAUAGGUCAUCGUAAAAUCUUGCGAGACAACAUCCAAGGUAUUACCAAGCCAGCCAUCAGACGUCUGGCUCGACGAGGUGGUGUCAAACGUAUCUCUGGUCUUAUCUACGAAGAAACUCGUGGUGUUCUUAAAAUCUUCCUUGAGAACGUCAUCAGGGACUCUGUUACUUACACCGAACAUGCUAAGCGUAAAACAGUUACAUCUUUAGAUGUAGUCUACGCUCUCAAACGUCAAGGACGAACUCUUUACGGUUUCGGUGCAUAA